AUAUUGCUAAGAUGGCUUUGGAGUACAUAGAAGAAGAGGGAAAAGGAAAUAUUUCAUUCACCCAGGGAGAAGAUGCCCUCACCAAGGCUAUGGGAAAAAAGGAUCACCGUGGGCGUGUCAAGGCAACAGGUGGAGUUAAUGUCGGUUACAAAGUUGCUUUCGGUCCAAUAGACCGAAGUAGUAGAUGUGGCCAUAUUGAACCAUCACCGGAGGCUAUCGAAUCAAUCAGAGCUUCGGUGAGAAGGGAGUUUGAAGAUCAAUUAGAGAGAAAGGUGGCGGAGGCCCUCCAAAACCAACUAGCCACAUUGAAAGCAACCGGUCAACUACACACCCUCUCUACCCCCGCACUUGAUUCUGCUCUUGUAAGUGAUGAGUUUGAUGUUAACCGUGCACUCGUAACCUGUUGUCCGAGUUCAUCGCAGCAACCACGCGAGCUGAAGGCCAUAACUCCAUGUCGUCUUGCCCUUGAGGAUAAAGUUUUGGGUAACAAAGUGAUAGUGGCAGAUGGUAUGGCGUACCCAUUGGAUGGUUCGUUGCACCAACACUUUAGAUCGAUGAAGCCUAGUCAUUAUAAGGUCCAAGUUGAUUGUAUUUACGACGGACAUGAUGAUGACACUCUUCCGGUACCUACUGGAGAUGGAUUCAAUAACUUAGGCAGGGCUCUUGCUAGUUUUGUGCAAUGGCCAAUUCACUUGGUGAUUUUCGAAGAAGACGAGGUAUAA